GCGCUUAUACAUUCGGCGUGGAGGUAAGACAGUGAGACGUGAUGUGGUCAGCGUGUUGUAUUUGUGUUCUGUACAUGGGUGCUGAGGUCAAUAAACUGAUUAUUGAUUAAAGUUCUAACCGAAUCAAUACGAACAGAGGACAACCAUGGUGAACUAUACCAGGUUUGUGGAGGCAGGACGAGUCGUUUUCAUCACCUCAGGACCUUAUGCGAAAAAAGUUGCAGUGAUUGUAGAAAUUAUCGAUCAGCGGCGUGUUUUAAUCGAUGGUCCAUGUUCUGGUGUCCCCAGACAGGCGAUAAACCUGAACAGAUUACACAUGACCAAGUUAAAAUACAAAAUACCUCAUGGAUGUGGAACGAAUGCAGUCCUGAAGCACUGGAAAAAAUUCGACAUAACGAAGGAUUGGGAAAACACUGUAUGGGCAAGAAAGUUGCACCGCAAAUCUCUUCGAGCAGCUAUGACAGACUUCGACAGGUUCAAGGUUAUGGUAGCUCGUCAACAGCGAAACAGCAUCUUGAAGCAGUUCAAAAUGAAGAAACCUGACGGGAAAAUAACCAGACCUUCAAAGCCUGUUAAGAAGUAAAUCAAUAAAUAGCCCAUUUUGUCCU